AUGUCGUCUUUCUUCAGGUCGGCGGCAGACAUUAGCUCUUCUCGUGAGGAAAGCACGUCAGAUGAGACCAGCGAUGAAUCAGACAGCAGCGACCAACAAAUUACAAGAGUACGCACCUUAGGGUCAAGUACCGCGGCAGAGGAGCAGUCUGGGCCUGGUGCAUCACAAGUACUUGCAGAAGGGUCUCGAAGCUCUAGCUACCACCGCGAUCUCUUAUUACAUGCUUUACUAGAGGAACGUUGCUACAACGAGGCAUUGGAAGACUUGAAAGCCGCUGGAUUCGAAUCCAAGGAGCAUCCACGAGUUCAGGCGCUGGCCAAGGAAAAAUAUUCUCGGCUCUCGCGCCAACUUGGCAGAUAUGGUCUCGAAACUGGCGACCUGGAUUCUGACCAAUUUGGACCUCUUCGCCAAACAUAUCGAGAUGGUCUGUCCGUGAUCACGCGAAAAUCUGUUGAUCUUCAGACACCCAUUGAGGAUAUUCUGGCACAGUCUCAAGGCAAUGACUUGCCUGGACCUUUACUUCGCUUGAUGGGAGGAGAACAGUCAGCAACCAUUAACAUGAGCCGGCGAUUCAGUGAUCUCGCAAUCGGUGGCUCGGAUCUGCAUGCUCAACCCAAACUUCUUGGUAACGGCAUACUGCCUGGUCACCCUUUGCUUAACUCAACACGCUACACACGCGACUUUGAAGAGUUUGGCAUUCUUGGAAAGGGAGGUUACGGUACCGUGUUUCGAUGCAAGCACAACCUGGACGGCAGACACUACGCGAUCAAGAAGAUCCCUCUAGGACCAACAAGGAUGCGCAAGAUUCAAGAAAACGGACAAGCAGAGCUCGAUCACAUUCUCGUUGAAGUGCGGACACUGGCACGCUUGGAGCACCCAAAUAUUGUUCGGUACCACAGCGGCUGGAUCGAGUGGGCGCCUCUGAUCUCCAGCAAGCAAGCGCUUGAGUUCAAUGGCCAUAAACUACUCGAAGCACCGAGAGAAACAGAAGAAGAGGAUGUCUCGGACAACUUUGAUCGCAAAAUACCAGCUAUCGACGUCCAAUUCGGCUAUGAUGAUGAUGAAGAUGGAGAUGAGGGUCCUUUCGAAAUGUCAACUGGUCGGACUCAACGUUUUGCGACCCAAGAAGAAGAAGAAGACAUCAUAUUCGAGGACUCCAGAAGAUCAGGAACGGCUACUUCUGAUACUCAAUCUCUUCAACCANNGGGUGAAUUGAUUGGACUACCCGUAAUCUUCAGAGCCAAUUUUGCUAAUCUUCGUCACAGAUCGUAUUCUGAAGGUGCACUUCUGCAAAAGAUUCAGAGUCGCAGCACAGUCGCAAGCGUGAGCGAAGAAAGCGAAGUCGAAGUCAUCACACGCAAGAACGAGCCUUCGGAAAGUAGCUAUGACGAGUCAUCGUUCAGCACCAACCAAAAACAUCAUACGUCUUCCUCGCCCUCUCUGGCGCUUCAUAUUCAGAUGUCACUAUACAGCAUGACUCUUUCCGAUUUCCUCGCUCCUGCCACAUACCCUGUUGCCAGCGAUAAUGUCUCGUCCCUCCGCCACUGUUUUCACGCUCAAUCGUCGCUCGAAAUUCUCUCUUCCAUCAUCGAAGGUGUUGAAUACUUGCACUCAGAGGGUAUAGUCCAUCGUGAUCUCAAGCCUGGCAACAUCUUCCUCGCUGUACGCGAAGGGUCGAAACCUCCUCCAGGCGCCCUUUCUCUGCACAAUUGUGCCUCUUGCGCCAGUCAGAACAUGUCCCGGCCUUUCAACGUCAGUGUCUGCAUCGGUGAUUUUGGCCUCGUCUCCGCUAUUGCAAGACCAGAAGAUACACCUCCGAUGGCUGGCGUUUCAUGCAAAGCAGUAGGCACAGAGAUUUAUCGUCCUUACACUGUCACUCGCGACAAUCAUCCCAGUUUGGAUGUCUACGCUCUGGGCAUCAUCGCCUUUGAAAUACUUCAUCCUUUUGGAACUAGAAUGGAGAGGCAUGAGAUGUUACAUCAACUCAAGAAAGGCAAUAUCUCUGGUAACUUGGAUACGAAAAUCAGGUGCAAAGGCAUGAGGAAAUGGAUCUUAAGCAUGGUGGAAGUGAAUGAGAGCCAGUGUCCUAGUUGGGAGAAGCUGAGAGACGAGUUGUCCGUUUUGCUCGAGCAGUGCAAGGUUCUUUGA